UUCUUUUUCUACUGUAUGUUGCCUGCUGAAACACAGAGAAAGACUUCAGCUAGCUGCGAACCAAAACCAGGGCAAUGGCAUCUCUAGCAACCUUUGCGUCCGUGCAAACUGCCACCGUCAAGGGCCUUGGUGGUAGCUCCCUCACUGGAACAAAGCUCUGCAUCAAGCCAUCUCGCCAGAGCUUGAGACCCAAAAACAUGAGGAGUGGCGCUGUGGUAGCAAAGUAUGGUGAUAAGAGUGUGUACUUUGAUUUGGACGAUCUGGGCAACACUACUGGGCAGUGGGACUUGUACGGAUCAGAUGCACCUUCUCCCUACAACCCUCUUCAGAGCAAGUUUUUCGAGACAUUUGCAGCGCCAUUCACCAAGAGAGGAUUGCUGCUCAAGUUCUUGAUCUUGGGAGGUGGCUCCACCCUAGCUUACCUGAGUGCUACAGCUUCUGGUGACAUUCUGCCAAUCAAGAAGGGCCCUCAACUUCCACCAAAGCUCGGGCCACGUGGCAAGAUCUAAUUUAGCCUUUACAUUUUAUGUAUCUAUCUUCUUUUGACUUUGCAAGUUUUUGUAAAGUAACCUUUAAGAAUUAAGACCCUGUUAUGGAUUCAGUAUAUCCAUUUUCAGUUCGAUUUGGGGCA